AUGAGCCGCACCUCCACGCAAACCUUCACCGGCGCCGCCCACUUGCGCCAUCGCCUAGUCCUGUCUAUCCUCUCCUCCCACCCAUUGCGCCUGCGCUCCAUCCGCGCCGACGACACCACCCCCGGACUCUCCCCCGCCGAAGUCUCCUUCAUCCGCCUUCUCGACAAGCUCACCUCCGGCACCGUCAUCGAGAUCAACGAAACCGGAACCUCCCUUUUCUACAAGCCGGGCAUCCUCCUCGGCGCGCACCAUCUCACCCACGAAUGCCACCCCUCCCGCCCGGUAUCCUACUACCUCUACCCGCUGCUCAUGCUCGCGCCCUUCUGCAAGCGGCCGCUCACCCUCACGCUCCGCGGCCCGACGCACGCGCCGUCCGACUACAGCGCCGACACUCUGGCGGCGGUGUCCGUGCCGUUGCUCCGCCGGCUGACGCUGGGCGCGUCGCUGGAGCCGCGCGUGGACGUGCGCAAGCGCGCGGUGUGCAGCAAGGGCGCCAACGGCGGCGGCCGCGGCGGCGUGCUCACCUUCUCCUGCGGCGUGCUCACGGCCAAGCUGCGCCCCGUCGACCUGCUGCAGCCCGGCUACGUCAAGCGGAUACGCGGCACGGCCUUCGCCAACCGCACCAGCCCCGGGCUGGUCGCGCGCAUGGUGGACACCACGCGCGGCGCCAUGAACCCCCUGCUGCCCGACGUGUACGUGCACACGGACGUCGCCAACGGCAAGGACUGCGGCGUCGGUUUCGCGCUGCAGCUCGUCGCAGAGACCACGGAGGGCUGCUUGCUGGGCGCCGACUGGACCGCGAGCAGCGCGGGCGUCACUCCAGAGGCCGUCGCGAGCGACGCGUGCAAUAUGCUGCUGGAGGAGGUGGCCGCGGCCGGGUGCGUCGAUUCUGGACACGCGUGUUUGGCCGCGCUGUAUUGUGCGCUAGCGGAUAGUGACGUUAGCAGGAUUCGAGUCGGCAGGCUAAGCGAGGCAACCGUGCAGUUUCUCAGGGACUUGAAGCGCUUUUUCGGCGUGGUUUUUAAGGUCAAAGUUGAUGGAGACGCAGACGGCGAGGGGGCGGCGGAGGGUGGAAUCGUCCUGUCCUGUGUGGGGGUUGGUCUGUCGAAUGUUGCACGGCAAAGGUUCUAA